AUGGCGUUGUUCCAGCAGGAGGACGAAGAAGAAGAAGGCGUCUUCGAGGCCGCGCUGUCCUUCGUGGACGAGUUCGAGUUCAACACCGGCGACGCCAUCUCCUCGCUAAAUCAACUACCUACUCAACGCCGUCAAGAAACCUCUGUAUCUCUUAGUAAUGAAGUGGCAAUUGGCGGUGCAGUGGGGCCUCUGUCCAGGGAGGAGAAGCGGAGACGCCAGGCCGAGAAGAAGCGGCUGCUGCGCAAGGCUGGCAUCUACAGCGACCCGAACCGCGCGCGCAACGAGCAGACGCGGGAGAUCGCGUUCCUGCGCGAGCAGAUGGACAAGCUGCAGCUCAACCUGAAGGUCCUGCAGGCUCGGAAGCAUCAGAACGGAGCGAAGGCGCUAGUUCCGGUGAAUACAAAGACGCACAGGCCGAGUUUGUGGCAGGAGCAGGCCAUGAGACAGCGGAGGAGAAGAGAGCAGGCCGAGUGCGAUAAUGUGAGGCUGAAGCUGGCGGUGGAGCGUCAGAGGAAGGUGGCGGACAGCUUGGGCGUCUUGAUUCGGAAGAGAACGCGGCAAUUGAAUAAUGAGUGUGCGUCGCUGAUCAACCAGUGUUGUGUCGACCACCCAGCGAUCGCUGUGCUGGAUUUCUGUGGCGACGUGGAAGACUUCCGCGGACUGUUUCAUCUUUUGGACGAGGCGUACCGAGAUGUGGACUCCAUUUUCAUGGCGAACGGGUUGGCGACAAUGUCAAUCCCGAUCGGUGACGUGCAUAUGCGGGAGGGCGUGGACGGGAAGUACCUCGAGUUCUUUACCUACAAGGACCUGCCGUUCGGACUGCAAGACACAGCUCAAGCUUCUUGGGAUUACUUCAAGGGGGCGGAGAAGCACAUGGCGUAUGGAAAUUUGUACGAGAAGGCAGCAAAGAGCCUGGAUGAGCCCUACACCGUUAUUGAGGAGUUCACGAAGGAGGUUUACUCGAAUACCUCUCGAGCAGAUGUGAAAAUGAGGCAAGUCGUUCGGCGCUACGUGGAGGCAGACCGCGACGUCGUGAUUCGGGUUUCCCACGCAGCCCCCAUCGAAGUCAAGAACAAGGUGCUCCGUGGAUUAACGCACAACGUCCGAGGUUUCGCGAUUACAAAGCGUUCGCCAGCUUCCACGCCGAGUCAAGAGCUGACUCAGCUGCAGUUGUGCACUCAGAUCGCUCUGGAACUAAAUGACGGAGUUACGUAUGAUCCCAAGAACGUUCGUGCCCUCACCAACUUCCUCAUCGCGCACGGAUUAAAGAACACGGUUGUAAACUGCGAGUAUAUUGAGAACGCAUUGGCAGAUCACGCCUUGAGACGGAGAAUUGCCGACGAUGUGUACGACUCGCAAGCCCAAGCAAUCGUCGACGGCUUCUCCGUGGCUCAAGUGCUGGGCCAAAUGACGCAGAUCAACAUCGGCCAGGUGCUCAACAGCGACUACUCGCUGAACGAGGACUCGAUCGACGGAAAGUGGGGCUGGAACGCCACCGAGUGGCGCGCCAUUGUCACGCGCAUUCAGGAGAUCACCAUGGAAGAGAACGGUGGCCACCCGAUGGUGUACGGCAUCGACUCGGUGCACGGCGCCAUCUACGUGAGCGGGGCCGUCAUCUUCGGCCAGGAGAUCAACAGCGGAGCAAGCUUCAACCCGGAUCUGGUCUACCAAGUGGGAGCCAUCACUGGCCGUGACACGGAGGCUGCCGGGAUCCCGUGGAUCUUCGGUCCUAUCCUCGAUCUCGCGCAGAACCCGCUGUGGGCUCGCACCUACGAGACUUUCGGCGAGGACCCGUACUUGUGCUCGGUGCUGGGCGACGCAAUUAUCCGAGGCCUCCAAAGCAACAACCAGACUGCCGCUUGCAUGAAGCACUUCGUCGGGUAUUCCAAGACACCAACGGGACACGACCGCGACGGAGUGACCAUGGCGGAUUUCGACCUCCUCAACAACUUCGUGAAGCCGUACCAAGCAGGGAUCGCUGCUGGCGCACUGUCGACGAUGGAGAACUACAUCUCCAUCAACGGCAUCCCUGUGGUGGCGAACACGAAGAUUCUCGAGGACCUCGUACGCAACGACCUCGACUACGAUGGUGUCGUGGUGACGGACUGGGCUGAGAUCAACAACCUCAAGGAUUGGCACCGCGUGGUGGACACUUACGACGAGGCUGUUCGGCUGUCGCUCACUCGGACAGCUCUAGAUAUGAGCAUGGUUCCCUACGACACGGAGUUCAUCACUUACGCGACGGAAAUGCUGAGCAACUACCCGGAAUACGAGUCUCGGCUUCGCGAAUCGGCCAAGCGUGUGAUCAAGAUGAAGAUCAAGCUCGGGUUGUACGAGACCCCAGUGCCUGGUGCCGACUACGAGUACCUGGUGGGUAACGACGACGACAAGGCGGUCGCUUUGGAGCUGGCGCGUGAAUCGAUUGUGCUGCUCAAGAACGACAACAACAUCCUUCCACUCGCCAAUGGAUCGUCCGUCUUCCUCACGGGACACUCAGCCGACAACAUCGGCUACCAGUGCGGCGGAUGGAGUGUGGCGUGGCAGGGGUACUCCGGCAACGAUAUGUUCCCGAACGGAGUCUCGGUUCGCCAGGGUCUGGAGAACGUUGUCGGCAACAACUCGUUCACCUACUUCAAUGGGCUAAGCGUGAAUGGAAACUACACUUCGGAGGACUUGGCUACUGCCGUGGCACUCGCAAGCCAACACGAAUAUACAAUCGCGGUCAUUGGCGAGGACACGUACGCUGAGAAGCCGGGCGACAUUGACGACUUGGCCUUACCCGCCGGACAGAUUGCGUACGUCGAGGCUCUUGCUGCCACAGGAACUAAGGUCAUCCUUGUUCUGUUCGAGGGUCGCCCACGUCUGCUUGACACUCUCCCCGACACGGCCAGCGCGGUAGUCCACGGUUUGCUAGCUUGUGAGCUUGGUGGACAAGCUAUGGCGGAAAUUUUGUAUGGCCAAGUGAACCCGAGUGGCAGACUUCCGCUCACGUACCCCAAGGACUCGGCCAAUGUGAUGAUCCCGUACAACCACCGCGUGACCACCAAGUGCACAACGGUUUCGGGCCCUGAUGACUCGCUCACUGCGUCUGUAUUCGUGACGAACUCGGGAUCCGUCGCCGGUAAGGAGACAGUGAUGCUGUUCGUGAUCCAGCCGUACCGAUUGAUCUCGGUGCCCGAGGUCAAGAUGCUGCGCAAGUUUAAGAAGAUCGACCUCGAGCCUGGUAUCACUCAGGAGGUCACCUUCACCCUCACGGCGGACGACUGGAGCGUUUACGACCCUCAGAUUGGCAGCGGCUUCAACCAAGUUGCGGAGGACGGCACCUUCGUCGUGGCGAUCAAGCCCGAGACCGACUGCGACGUGUACAACACGAUCACGAACGAUCUGUGCGCUCAGUUCACGCUCAACACGGGAUCGGUCAACUUUGGCAUCAACGGCACUACAUCGCGUCGCCGCUAG